CUGGAGAUGUGGUGGAUGCUGUUUCCACGGUGGAUCUGGUUCCUGGCGUGUGUGUCAGUGUGGAUGGAGCUCCAGGUCGGAGUUUUGCCUCAGAUCACCUACUCACACGCGGGGAUCUGCCCCAAUGACAUGAACCCCAACCUGUGGGUGGAUGCCAUGAGCACCUGCACGCGAGAGUGUGAAACCGAUCAGGAGUGUGAGUCCUUUGAGAAGUGUUGCCAAAAUGUGUGUGGGAAUCGGAGUUGUGUGGCUGCCCGUUUUGUGGAUGGGAAUAAAGGCCCAGUGGGAAUGCCCAAGGAGGCCACCUGUGCCAGUUUUAUGUGCACCCAGCAGGGGUCUGAGUGCGACAUCUGGGACGGCCAGCCGGUGUGUAAAUGCCGGGACCGCUGCGAGAGGGAGCCGCAUUUCACCUGCGCUUCCGAUGGCAUGACCUAUUACAACAAGUGCUACAUGGAUGCGGAAGCAUGCUCCAAAGGCAUCACCCUGUCUGUUGUCACCUGCCGCUUCCACCUCACAUGGCCCAACACCAGCCCCUCAUUGCCCCAGGCGACCACUCUCCGCCCCACCACUGCUCCCCUUCAGGCGACCAUUCCUCCUCCUCAGCCACCCAUCCAGGUCAGCAGCCCCUCUCACCAGGCUGUAAAUGAGGGAGACACUGCCAGCUUCCUGUGUGAUGUGACGGGCCGCCCCCGGCCUGAGAUAACCUGGGAGAAGCAGUUGCCAGAGGGGGCAGAGAGGGUGGUGAUGAGACCCAAUCAUGUACGGGGGAACAUGGUGGUCACUAACAUCGGUCAGCUCGUCAUCUACAAUGCCCAGCCGCGUGAUUCAGGUGUCUACACCUGUACAGCCAAGAACCCAUCUGGCUCAGUGCAGGCCAACCACCCCCUCACUGUGUUGCCCACAGAGCCUCCUAAAACCCCUGAGCCAAAGAACGUGACCCGCUGCCUGCCUGAGGAGUGCCUGAAACCUCCUGAAAACCCAGAGGAUUGUGGGAGUGAGAUGGAGAAAGUCAGCUGGUACUAUGAGCCCAAGACCAACAACUGCUUCUCCUUCACCCACUGCAACAGCAACAGCCAGCAGCCCAGGAAGGUCUUCGAGACAUAUGAGGAGUGCAUGCAGUGCUGCGGUCCAGAGCUCUCGGGCCCCUGUGGUCUCCCCAGCUUGCAGGGCCCCUGUAAAGCCUAUGAGCCACGCUGGGCCUACAGCAGCACCCUGCGGCAGUGUCAGUCCUUCAUCUACGGAGGGUGUGAGGGCAAUGACAACAACUUUGAAUCUAAAGAAGCCUGCGAGGAGAUGUGCCCCUACCCGAAAAACCACCACUGCAAGUCCUGCAAGCCAAGAGGCAAGAUGGUAACAAGCUUCUGCCGCAGCGACUUCGUCAUCUUGGGUCACAUGACAGAGCUUACAGAGGAGAAGGACUCGGGCCACGCCCUUGUGACUGUGGAAGAGAUCCUGAAGGACGAGAAGAUGGGGCUUCGUUUCUUUGGCAAGGAGCCUCUACAAGUCACCUUUCUCAACAUGGACUGGAACUGCCCGUGCCCCAACAUCACAGGCGCCGCCGCCGAGGGACAGGUCAUCAUCAUGGGCAACGUCAACGAUGGCAUGGCGGUCCUCCAGCCAGAGAGCUACGUGGGGGCAUCCAGUCCUCGCCGUGUUCGGAAGCUGAGAGAAGUCAUCUCUAAGAACACAUGUGAUAUUCUCAAAGCGAUCACUAACAGCCCUCAGUAGGGUUAGGGUAAUAAUCUGUACAUAAAGUUUAGAAAACCUUUCUCGACUCCAACAGGCUGUUAUCCUCUGAACAUUAAUUGAAAUAAUGAUGAAUGAUUUGAUUUUUACCACAUUCCUGCUACAGUUAAUGGAUUUCUCUCUGUUUUUCAAGGUUUUCACAAGCCCCUGACCAGGAAUUCUGCCGUUUGACAUUUUGUGUAUGUACUGACGUGUGUCUUCGUGUGGUCCGCUCGCUGCAGAGUUUACGGUGCAGCCACUGGAGUUGUUGAUUGAAAUACCAUGUACGUGAACACAGGAGACAUCCAUCAUGAUCCUCUUGUUACCUUAAUCCCCCCCAGACUCUGUCGUCCCUCAUGCCCUCUCCUGCCUUCAGCAGAAAUGGAGGUUGCAGACUUGCAGUGAAGCACAAAACAGACAUGAUCAGUUUCAUUUUUAUGGACAGAAUUUAACUGUUUUUUGAUCCUCGUAUUUGCCGGCCUUAUUUUUUCCCUCCUGGCAUUUUCAAUACCUGUACGUACUUUAACUUCAUACAUUUACUCCGUACUGUAUUUCCCAACAGCACCUCUGCAGGGGAUUGCAUAGACAGUACGACAAGUUAGAGUUUGCUUCAUCCAGAUGAACGAGUUGUAAUAUAUUUUAUUAACCACCACA